AUGAAACAACUGGGAAUAUUUCUCACCGUGUCAUUGGCCAUAGCGGCCUAUGGAUUUCCAAUAUAUGAACAUUACAAUUCUUACAAUCAUCAUGGACAUGGUGGCUGCUCACAUUCAUCGGGAGAUGCCCAUUUGCUGAAUAAUUUUAUGGGCUUUGUUCAGAACCUGAUGCAUAGUCAAAACGGUGGAGGUGGUGGUGGAGGAUACGGCUGUGGUGGAUAUGGCCGAAAGUGUGGUUGCGGUGGCUAUGGGGGAGGAAGUGGCAUGGAUUGCAAUUGUUAUGGUAAUGAAAACUGUGAUGAUGGUGGUGGUGACGGUGGAGGCGAUGACGGAGGAGCAGAUGAUGACGUUAUCACGCCACCCACUACAACUUCCACAACAACUACAUCUACAACAACGACUACAACAACAACCACAACACCAGCUCCCACUACCACAACAACGACCCGUCGUACCACAACUCGCAGACCUCGACCCACAACCUGCAGACCCAGACCAAGGCCUUACUAUCCACCCAAGCCCUAUUAUCCGCCCAAGAGCUAUAAUUCAUAUCCCAGCCCACCCAGCUAUGGACCAUCCAAUUAUGGCAACUCCAAUGGUUUUGGUGGAAAUGGAAAUGGCUUUGCAGCCUCUCCAAGUUUUGGCAGCUCUGCAACAGGUGGUUUUGGUGGAGCUUCUGCUCCCGGAGGUUUUGGUGGAGGUGCUGCUCCUGUAGGUUUUGGUAGAGGUUCUGCACCCAGCUAUGGAGCUGCACCCAGCUAUGGAUCUGCACCUAGUUAUGGCGGCACCCCUGGUUAUGGUGGUGCUGCACCCAGCUACAAAAGCCCUUCUAAUACGGGCGGUAUCUCUAGCAUUGAUCUUUUGGCUUCCAGCGCCGCUCUAGCCCAGGCCAGUUCAUCCUCUGCCAUGCGCAUACCCACCGCCACUAAAGAUGUGAUAAUUGUAACGAACAAUUUGCCUGGAGGAUCACCCACUGCCGUAUAUCCCACUCAGAGGGAGGGAAGGAAACGAGUUUGUUUCAAAACCUAUUGCAUGGACGAUGAUAAGUACGACAAAUACGAUAGAUACGAUUUCCUAGAUAAAAUUGCACAGAGUUAUUGA